GCUAAACUCUCCACAUGUCUGCACACCUCGUAAUAAUGUUCAAUCACGCAGUCAAAUGACACGAUGCCCCGCGGUGCUAGUCGUGGAGCGGUACUGAUAACGUCUCUUCUAGCUGUUAGCUAAAUACCCAGCAUGUUUGUUCAAGUAAAAUACUGCAGUCUAUUUAAAAAGACUUUUAUUUUGAAAGAGUUGUCUAAAUGUAUUUACGUGACAAAGGCACUUUAUUAUGCUUUUGAAUGUGUCAUCUGAUUGUGAUUGGCAAUGGGCCGUUGACUGUGACUGAUGUGUCGGUUAGCUCAUGCUCUUCCACCCCUAUGAAACAUCUGGCACCAGCUGCGCACAAUAACCUUUAUCUUCACUCAAGGAAUCUAUCUUAUGACCCAACAUGUCAUAAGUAAACAUCAGGGCACUCCCUGUGUGAAAGCAGUUUAAUCACUUUACGCAAACAGUAUAUCAGUUUAAAAAUAAUAAUAAGUAGGCUUGGAGUCCUAAUGUUUUCUGUUGGAACAUGUUUAAUGAAGAGACGUUACAGUCAGUGUCCUGUCAGUACUUUAAAAAAAGUUGAACUUCAUGUAAGCCUAAGUAAGGUAGCACAGCUGUGUUUGUUUGUUAAAAUGUACUUCUCUUGUCUGUUUGUCUCAGUGGCAAGUCACCAUGGAGCUCCAGAAAUAUCCCCCUGCCUGUGCGUAAUGUCAGGAGGAUAUUGUUGUUCUGCAUGAUAUUUAUGUAAAUAAUGGAACAAACAAUAUGAUGAGAGUCACGACUGUCCGUCACGACUGUUUGUCACCUGUCUCGACAGAAGCACAUGACCACAGCAGCUCAAAUAGUUCAGAAUUGGUGGUGUUACUGUGCAUAGAUGCAACUCUCAUUGCCUAGCUCCCUAUACUACUUCAGAAGGUGUUCAGCUUCAGGACUUCGCAUGAAUGUGGCGCUUGAUCGCAACAUCCCUGUGCCAACGAUGCCAACGUGUCAAAGCUCUGCCUUUAAACCUAAGGCCAUGUGCAACACUGAGCUCAGCAGAGAACCAGCAGACCGUGGAGGCUCUCUAUGAUCUCUCUGUGGACAUCCAGAAGGUCCGGAAACUUAAGGGCUGGGUCCUGCAUCAGAGUCCAGCCUAUGCUAAGGAGGUAGGUAACCUGCUGCAGGACAUGGGAGCUUCAGGCUCCAUCGUUGCCCGGAUCCUAGCAGCCCACCCUGAGGCAGUCCUCUGUCACCCAGAGCAGAUGCAGGCUCAGAGGGAGCUGUGGAUGUCCGUGUGCCCGAACCAGAAAGAGCUGGUUGGUAUAAUUGAGAAAUUUCCAGCCUCCUUCUUCACCUCCUCCAGCCACAAUGACAACCAGCGGAACAACAUCGCUUACUUCCAGAGAUUAAACAUCAACAAGCGAAUCAUCACCAAGCUCAUGGCUAGCGCUCCCCAGAGCUUCAGCCGGCCAGUAGAGCAGAACGAGGUGAUGGUGCGCACCCUCCAGCAGGCCUAUCAGGAGCUUGGGGGGGGGGAGGCUAACAUGAAGAUCUGGUUUCAGAAGCUGCUGAGCCAGAACCCGUUUGUUCUCCUCAAGGCCCCCGAGGUGCUGAGGGAGAACCUGCUGUUCUUGAGAGACAAGGGCUUCAGCGCGGCAGAACUACUCCGCCUCCUAUCCAAACUCAGGGGCUUUGUCACAGAGCUGAACCCGGACACCAUGCGCUGCACCAUGGCAUACUCCCAGGACACCAUGUGCUGCUCCGAGACAGAGCUGCGGGACAUCAUCCUCAACUGCCCGGCCCUGCUUUACUACCCUGAAGCUAUACUGGCUGAGCGCUUUGAGGGCCUCCUUGGCGCUGGUAUUAGCAUGUCUCAAAUCAGAGAGACUCCGACUGUUUUGGAGCUGACCCCGCAGAUAGUUAAUCAUCGCAUCCAGCUACUGCGGGCGCAUCGUUAUGACAUAAAGACUGGUAGUCUGGAAGUCCUAAAUGGCACUAAGAAGGACUUUGAGAUGAGCUACGGAAAACUUCAGCUACGUAGAGAGAGACCACUUUUUAACCCUGUUGCUCCUUUAAAAACAGAUGACUGACAGAGGCCGUAUGGACUAAUGCAAGUGAAUUAAAGCUGGAACUGGAUGUAUA